AUGGGCUCCUCUCAGUCUAUCGUUACAGCGCUAGAAACGGUGUUAAAGCAACGAGCCAUAAAAGUUGCCAAUCGGACACUUAAAAAUUUUGUCAAAGAAAUUGAUCGGGUGGCUCCCUGGUAUGUUUGCUCCGGGUCCUUGACUCUUGCCUCAUGGAAUAAAUUAGGUAAAGAUCUUGAUAAAAAACUGGCAGAAGGGGAAUUGAGACAGGGGACAAGGGCCAUUUGGAAACUUAUUAAGAACUGUUUAGAGGAUGAAGCCUGUCGGGCUGUUGUAGCGGAGGGACGAAAUGUCCUUGAAGAAGUCCAGGAUAGCAUGUCAGAAACUGAGCGUAGUGAGAGGUUGGGCGCGCGCAAGAAAAAACCAGUCCCAAUUAAGGAAAAUGGCCCCCCCGGUGCGUCUAAUGACAAGGGGGUGUAUACAUCGGACCCUAGAGGUCCCUCGCCUAUUGUAAGAAAGAAAGGGAGUACUAGUCUAUACCCUUUACAAGAGCUUGAAGCUUUAAUUGCCGAUAGCUCCGAUGAUUCUAAAAGUUCAGAAGAAGAAGACUUAGACCCUGAGGAAGAAGCUGAACUAGAGGAGGAAGAAGCCAGAUAUGAGGAGGAGAGGUAUCAUCCUGAUGAUCACUUGCGGAGUAAGAGAGAGCCCCGAAAGCGGCAGCCUUAUGCAGCCUCCCCGCAGGUAGUCCCUUCAGCGCCCCCUCCUUAUGAAAUGCGCCGGAAGUCCUUCUCCUUCCUCCCGGAGAAAGUAAAAAGAAAACUACGCCUUGCUUAUCCUGUUUUUGAAGGCGCAGAGGGAGGACGGGUGCAUGCACCCAUAGAGUAUAAUCAACUUAAAGAAUUGGCAGAGUCGGUCAGAAAAUAUGGAGUAACAGCCAACUUUACUCUAGCACAAUUGGACAGGCUGGCCAUGGCCGCCAUGACCCCAGCUGACUGGCAGACGGUGGCGAAAGCAUCGCUUGUCAGCAUGGGCCAAUAUUUGGAAUGGAAAGCUCUCUGGCAUGAAGCUGCACAGGAGCAAGCCAGGGCCAAUGCUAUGGCUCUGACUCCGGAACAGCAACAAUGGACGUUCGACCUCCUGACAGGUCAAGGGCGUUUUGCAGCUAAUCAAACAGAUUAUCACUGGGGUGCAUAUCUGCAAAUCGCUGAUAAGGCCAUUAGGGCCUGGAAGGCACUCUCCAAAAAGGGGGAAGUGAAUAAUCAGCUCACUAAGAUUAUUCAAGGGACCCAGGAGCCUUUUUCAGAUUUUGUGGCACGAAUGACAGAGGCAGCAGGGUGCAUCUUUGGUGAUCCUGAAACAGCCGCGCCUCUUACUGAACAGCUUAUCUUUGAGAACGCCACUCAGGAAUGUCGCGCGGCCAUAGCCCCAAGAAAGAAUAAAGGAUUACAAGAUUGGCUCAGGAUUUGUAGAGAACUUGGUGGUCCCCUUACUAAUGUAGGAUUGGCUGCUGCCAUUUUACAGUCUCAAAAGCGCCCCCUUAAAGGGCCUGACAAAAGAGUUUGCUUUAAAUGUGGAAAGCCGGGGCAUUUUAAAAAGGACUGUAGAGCAUCAGAAAGAGAAAGGGCUCCACCUACCCUCUGUACCCGCUGUGGUAAGGGCUACCACAAAGCUGAGCUAUGUCGCUCAGUAAGGGAUAUAAAGGGCAGAGUUCUCCCUCCUAUGGAGACAUUUGUGAAUAAGAAUCCAAAAAACGGGGCAGUGGGCCCUCGAUCCCAGGGCCCACAAAAAUAUGGGAACAGGUUUAUCAAGGCAACAGACGAGGCUCCCCCGGAAACGGAACAAGAGUGGACUUGUGCGCCUCCUCCGACUUCUUACUAAUGCCCCAGAUGGGGGUGCAGCCUGUCCCUGUUCAGAUGCCUACACCGUUGCCACAAGGGAGCGUAGGUCUCCUUUUAGGCCGAGGAUCGUUCACCCUGCAGGGACUAAUUGUCCAUCCUGGUAUAAU